AUGUUAAGUAGAAGUUUUGCAGGUAUAGGUAAGACUGCAAGGCUACGGUUACCUGUUAGCAGGCCGCUUUGCCGCUUUAUGUCAACAGAGCCGGAAAUUGUACUGAAGGAUAAAUCACGGCCUAUGAGGAUCGAGAGAGAGCUGCCUGAUAUAAAUAAAGGUAAACUUCAAAGAAGACUGGGCUUUGUGGGGUUUUUAGUUACUAUUGGUGUUAGUUUUCUGGCUAUUGUCAAUUAUGAGAAGACUCAGUCACCAAUUGUUACUAACUCUCUUUACCAACUAAGGCGGUCGCCAGCUACACGAGAUUUAUUGGGUGAUCAUGUCGAUUUUGAUGGGUUAGUACCUUGGGUAUAUGGUCAGUUGAAUCAAGUUGCGGGAAAUAUCAAUAUCAAAUUCUACGUGAAAGGAUCUAAAGGCGUUACAGGUGUUGUCACACUUGUUGCUAGCAGAGAAAGUAAACUUGAGAGCUUCAUGAUCCAUGAAUGGUGCCUGACAGUCGGCGAUACCAAAGUGGACCUCUUAGAGGAAGGCGGUGCUUUAUAA